AUGACGAAAUUCAUCUUCGUCACUCUCGUUUUAUGCGCAGUUUUCCUUAGUAAAACUAAUGCUCUUGAUGCUGAUGAUUAUAUAGCUUAUAUUGAGAAACUAAGUCAAGAUGAACAAUUUCUUGAAGAAUAUGCUAAAUGGUCAUUCGAACUUUUCUCUCAACCAGAUUAUCUUUAUGGUGAUAAGCAUAAAAAAUUUCCAUGUUCUACUGCAAAAGAUGCAACUGUUCCAACAUCUGUACAUGCACUUCGACCAAGUGAUAUUAAAUGUAUUGGUGCUAUGGGUGACAGUUUAACCGCUGGUUUAGGUGCUCAUGCACUUACUCCAAUUGGUUUAUUAUUCGAAAAUCGAGGUGUGUCAUGGUCUGUAGGUGGAGAUCAUACAUAUACAAAAAUUCUUUCAUUACCCAAUACAUUAAAACAAUAUACUCCACAACUUGAAGGUUUUUCUACCAAAGUAUCAAUUAUGCUUAUAAAUGGUCAAAAUGCAACAAAUAAUCGACUCAAUGUUGCUAAAUCAGGUGAUCGUUCAACUCAUAUGCCUUAUCAAGCUGAAUUACUUAUGCAACGAUUAAAAAAUGAAGAUUUAUGCGAUUGGAAUAAUGAUUGGAAAGUGAUUACAUUUUUUGUUGGCGGUAAUGAUUUAUGUAGUUUUUGUGAAGAUCCAAAUGUAACUAAACAUACACCAGAAAUGUAUUUAUCUUAUGUUCGUGAUACACUUGAUAAACUAUAUAAUUCACCAUUACCACGUACACUUGUUAAUCUUGUUCUUACACUUGAUGUUCGUAAUGUAAAAGAACUUAAUAGUGGUGGUUUUGUUUGUCAAAUGCUUCAUAAACGAACAUGUCCAUGUGCUGCAUUUCCAACACCAGAACAAGCUAAAACAUUGGCUGAUUAUAUUCCAAGAUAUCAGCAAAUACUUAUUGAUUUAGUUGAAUCAGGUCGUUAUGAAGGUCGUGAUGAUUUUACUGUUGUUAUUCAACCAUUUCUUGCAAAAACUAAAUUACCAUUGAAAGAUAAUCAUAAAAUUGAUUUUAGUUAUUUUGCACCAGAUUGUUUUCACUUUAGUGGUAAAGGUCAUUCACAAGCUGCACUUUCACUUUGGAACAAUAUGCUCGAACCUGUUGGUGGUAAACAAUGGGCUUGGCAUAUGGGUGAAUCAAUGAAAUGUCCUACUGAACAAUAUCCAUAUAUAUUUACUAGCAAGAAUUCAGCAAAAGCUUUAGAAGAAUAUCAACAUUCAACAACAACUACUGAAGUAACUCCAGCUGAUAGUACAAGUGCACGUCAUAAACAUCGUAAACAUCACAAAUCUGAUUCAUAUUCAUUUAGCAGAAUGCAAUUAGCUGCUUUUGCUGGAUCCUUUCUUAUUUUAAUAAUAAUCUUAAUUUUGGCUAUUACCAAACGACAACAAAUACGUGUUAUUAUUCGUAGACCUGGUCGACGUCCUUUAAAUGGCUUUGAAAAUCCACAAGAUCCAGAAGAUACUGAUGAUGUUGCAAUUUGGAAUCGUCCAAAUACAAAAUCAAAUGAUUAUUCCAUCAAUAAUAAUAUGCCAAAAACACAUGGUACACGCAUUUCAUUCGAAUAA